AUGACCAAAGCACAUGCGGCUCCGCGGACCAAGAAGUCGCGCUCCUCGACCCCGGAAUACCGCGCCGAUGGCGCAAAGCACGAGCCCAAAGGAGCCUGCAAGCUGCGCAACCUCCCAAUCCACUCGAUCCCCCAAGCCGUGUGCGAUGCUGCCGUGGCGUACUUUAUGACGUCGUACAUCGUUGCCACACCGUUUGAGGCGUACCUCCCCGGAUUUUUCAUCUCAGAGUGUUUCCACGACAACCCCUGCGGACAGGCUCCGACAAAUUGGACGGCACAUACCUUUGGCGCAAUGCAGCUGUUGCGACUCAGAGGCAAGGGGCAGUUCAAAUCUCCAGUCUCCCAAAAGCUGUACGCUCAAGCAAGCAACAACAUCAAGACCAGCUGCAUUCAAAAGUCGGUACCGCUCCCAGCCGAUUUCGUCGCCUUCAACAAGGAGGUCGGUGGGUUGCUGGAUCCUGCUGAUCCGGCGAUUCAGCUGGCGCCGGUCGUGGACAGGGUGGCGCACAUCAAGGCCCAAAGCCUAGUCAAAGCAGACGCAAAGCUGGUUCGAGAAGCCUGGCUGCUGGAUUGUGAGAUCGCAGACUUUGGUCGAAAGUUAUCGGCCAAGAUGCAGUAUACAACCCACGAAGACUUGCCACCGAUUACAGGAGCAUGGCUUGACUUUGCUCACGAGUAUCCCAACUUGCGUGCGGCGAAGGUCUGGAACGCGCUCCGCUUGCUACGGCAGUUCCUCGUCAGCUUCAUAUCCAAUGUGGCGUCUGAGGAGGUAGAUCGGGACGAGGCAAGCUUUGCUUCAACUAACCUUGCGUCUCUCGACAACACCAGUUGGAAGGCCUUGAGCCGGUAUGCUAUGGACAACAUGGACGACAUUUCCGCGCAGAUCCUCGCCAGUGUACCGAGUUUUCUGGAGAGUUGUCCAACAGAGAGGCGAUUCUUCCCAGCCGCGAGGAGCCUCGUCUGGCCACUCAGCAUCAUAGAGACGAGCUCAAUAUGCUCUGAGCCGUAUCGCGUGAUGGCCGCCGCUUAUUUGCAAGAGUUGGCCCGCGACUUGAACAUGCCGCAAGCAGUGCGUCCGGAUCGAGACCCGGGCUGCGAGGACGACUGGUUGCACCUAUUUCACCUGGGAUAA